AUCUUGAAGAAGACUACCAAAUGGCGUUGUUGAAUGUGGUGCCUCCUAUUUAGCUCUGGCGUGGGUGAUGUGCUGAUGGAAACGGCUGAAAAUGAGGUAAGAACGAUGCGUCAAGUGUUGUUUGCUUUCCACCUCCGACAUCAUUUCACACUCUCUCCUCCACCCUUCACUCUACCUGAUUUUUCCACGGUACUCUCGAGUCUACAGCAUUAUCACAUACUUAGGUUACCACAAUCCUCAGUAAUAUGACUUCUCCGACUCCUCCCAUGGAUGAAUCAGUCCUUAUCAAUAGCGAAACCCACUGUACUCUGCUCCAAAGACUAUUGGAAGAAAUCAACGAGGGCAUGUCAUCCAUUCCAUCAAGCCCAAAAAGCUCUCCAACCCGUCAGUCCGACGCUGGCUACGACGCUGGCUCUUCCAGUCGCAGCUCCAUCUGGACUGCGACCAGUCUUGUCGCACGCGAUGUGCGGGACAAGCUGAAGGCUGCGGACGAAGCUAGACGGCAGAAGCAGACGAGAAAAGAAAGUCUCCCAGUGGCUACAACUACAGCAAAAAAGAGGACUCUAGAUUCGCCGUCUGAUUCGCCUGGCAUUAGCCCCAUUAAACGAUCCCGUACAACCUUUGAGUCAUUUGGUAUAGACAACAUCGAUGACCGGAAUUCUGGAUUUACAGAAAGACGGUCUUCAUUGGGUCCUGUGCCACAGGUAUCGUCCUACAGACCUGAAUUUGUGUUGCCCCACGGCACGCCUCCUUCGACUCCUCAAAGCAGGAAACGCUUGGUAGAUUCUGAUCAUGAGAGUCCCAUAAGCUGGUCACCAACAUGGAUGAAACCUUUCCAUCUGGUGGAUAACGAGAAGUCCAGUGUUUAUAUGAACCGACACGGGGAGGGCUAGAAGAACCGCCCACUUUGUUUGCACUGUUUCCGACGGCACGGCGCCUUCAACCGAGUGGAAAUUGAUGGUUGUGAAGUCUGUGGUCGAGCCGAAGUUCUCGAAAGCCACUAUUGGGAGUGAUCAAAAGAGCCUGUCUAGUUACGAAGUUACCUUUCGAGACAGCUUCAAUUGCGACUUUGAGUUGGUUAUACCAUAGCUUUUGAGGGUUUUGGAUGGGUGGCUCCUGUGGGUCGGUGUCUCACAUGGUUGGGAACGGAGCACUCUGAUUCAAGAGCUAUUUCGAUGAAGUGUCACAACGCAUGGGUCAAGACUUGUCAUUGCCAAAGUCUCAGACUAUCCAGUACCU